AUGCCUUCUUUUGGACUGCCGGGGCCUCACAAUGACCUCAAUGUUCUACACUGUUCACCAGUUUUCGCACAACUUACGGAGGGAAGAGCUUCACCGUGCAACUAUAUUGUUAAUGGUCACGAGUACAAUAUGGGAUACUAUCUCGCCGACGGGAUUUACCCAGAGUGGUCCACAUUAGUGAAGACUAUUCCAGCACCGCGAGGAAACAAGCAUAAAUACUUUGCUCAACAACAAGAGAGCGCAAGAAAAGAUGUUGAGCGAGCUUUUGGCGUGUUGCAAGCUCGAUUUGCGAUUGUUCGUGGACCAGGACGUUUCUGGCAACCUAGUGUGCUGAAAGACAUCAUGACAACUUGCAUCAUAAUACAUAACAUGAUCGUUGAAGAUGAACGAGAUUGUCAAUUGGACAACAACUUCGACUUUAAUGAUUCGAUACCAGUCGUUGAACCUUCUCAUGUGCGGACAGUACCUCUAACUGAGUUCAUCCAAAAUCAUCAUCGGAUCAGGAACACGCAAACACACAAAUCACUAAAGAAUGAAAAUCAUCAUCGGAUCAGGAACACGCAAACACACAAAUCACUAAAGAAUGAUUUGAUCGAGCAUCUGUGGCAGCUCAAGGGAUCCAUCGACGAGGAUUAA